CAAACUCAGUAUUUCUGCCAGAAAGCAAAAAUCUUUCAUCUCUGUUUGCCGUUCUAGGACAAUGGUGUCAUCUACAGUGGACCCUACUUCCCUUGCUCGACAUAUCGUCUUUGAGAUUAGCAAUAGUGAUGGUUAAGAGAAUGGAAGAGAAUCCAUUUUUUGCAAAAAACCUGUUCUUUUUUGUCUAAAUGAUUUGUACUGGUGCAGUUGAUUGCAAAUUUUGAGUGUCUUGCAGUGGAUAAUCAGAAAACGCCUCUAUGCUGUUUUAGGAAUUGUGAUUGACAUCUGGCCCAUAUUAAUUGAAGAGAUUAACUCCACUCUAUAGUGGUCAAGCAUCUGUUGGUCGGCCAAUUCAUGAUGAGGCCCACAUGGACCCUUGGAAGGAUUAUUUGAGCCAUUCAUCUCAUGAGUCCUGUAGUAGACGUGCAACCUAUUUGUCCAGUUAAUGGCCUUCAAGCUUCUGACAGUCCACUUACAAAGUUUCAUGAUGGAAAACUUCACGUGGAGCUCCGAUGAAACGGGCAUUACCAAUGAAGGAACUUCUAUGGGAGAAAUGUUAAGGUGAUUCAUGCAAGGAGAGAUCAAAAGGUGAGUCGAAUCACACAUGCCAGCAUGGCACACCUUUUCAAAAUCGGGGCCGUGCAACUGCACUGAACGUUUUCCAGCCCAAAAAGUUGGCUGGUCUGCCCAUCAGGUUUUGUGCUUCCAUUGCCAAUUUUCAAAGGCAUGUGCAUUUAUAAUGAAAAGUUGUAAUGUUGUUGAAUCUCUGUAUAAACGGCAGGCAGCACCGUUAAUGUGGUUAUAUUACAAGUCAGAUGGUUUGGAUAACCCAUCAACUGGUCUUUCAAGAUAUGGCAAUUCACGAACAGUCCAGAUCUUGUCAACAUGCACCACUUGUAUGAUUCUUGAAUGUUGGACUCAGAUCUGUCUGGUGGUUUGGAGAAAUUCUGCCCACAAAACAGUAGCUUAUGUAAAUAGAUGAAUUAUUGGAACUGGUA